AUGUCUGACUCGGCAGACUACUACUCAAUUUACGAGGGUGUAUGGAUCAAUUGGUCCCGUGGGCGUAUCUUGGGGUCAACCAUCACUCUCAAUCGUCGCGACGGGGGCCUCCUUAUCUCUUUUAUUACAUUGUUUAUCACUUUCGUCGGCACGGCAUUCUGGAGAAUCAUUUGCUUCGCCCUACACUACUAUUUCUCAUCCGAAGCCCCUCGCGAUGCUUUAUACCAUCAACAACAGGCAGUACUACGCAAUUCAGCAAACGGCGGUAGCGGAGUCUUGUCACUUGGUAGACUCUUAUGGGCCUGGCGUCAUUACAACGUACAUCGUCCGUAUCGACGAAUGCUUCCUACAAUCAUGUUGGCCAUUUCUUUUCUCGGAUGCUUUUCCGUGGCGGGAAUCUUCUCAUCAAAGAUCGCAACAUCAACCGGAACAGAAGUUCUACUGUCAAGUCCGUAUUGCGGAAUUCAAAAUACGUCAGACCUCAAAUCGGCCAUACAUCUAAAAUUGAUAUAUCCUUAUGAGGUGCAAAGAACGGUAGAUUCAGCCAACUAUGCCCAAAAAUGCUACACAAACACAUCAAAUCCGGAAGAUUGCCGAGUCUACGUGAAGAAGCAACUUCCCUGGACGUCAAAUCAGAACGCGACUUGUCCGUUCGCAAAGGAUAUUUGCAAGAAUUUUUACAACAACAUCGAGCUUGAUACCGGCUUUGUCGACAGCAAUGAUCACCUGGGAAUUAAUGGCCCUAUCAGUAGUCGUGUUUUGUUUCGAAGCGUCAUGACUUGCGCACCUUUAGCGGUUGAUGAAUACGAAGCAAAAAUUUCAUCCCGAGCCAAUGGGAUGGAAGCACAGCUAACUAAGUUCUAUCUUGGUCAGAACUUAGUCCCGCUCCCCGGUCUCAAUUCGACUUUCGAGACAUGGGAUUACUCUGUUCGAAAUCAGACCACUUACAGUGCCGGGUUCCCGGACGACUAUAGUAUUAAUGCAUUGAUGGCCGCGUUCGUGAACGAUUCAAUUGAUUUUGAAUAUUCCAAUUUCGAUCCUAUUCCACAGCUUCGGAAACCACACGCAGAUACACACUUAUAUUUCCUGUCUGCCAACAAUAUCACGUUCACUGCAGAAACGAAUGAUCCAUGGUAUUCAGCCCAUCACGAACUUCCAAUGGAGCUUAUUGGGGGAGAGACAGGAAAAAUGACUGUUUAUCGCGCCGACGAUGUGGCAUCAGUGUUAGGAUGCGCGGUUCAGAGCCAAAUAUGCAAUCCAGGCCUACAAGCCGGAAAGCAGUGUACGCCUCUGGGAUCCCCAGCUGACACCUUCUACAACGCACAAGCUUUGUGGCCAGAGAGCAGCAAGUCUAAAAUAUGGAAAACAAUCGUCGGCCAUGUAAUGUCAUUCACUCCUAUUCACCAAGUUCAACAGUUAGGCAUCUCAGCACUGACCUCAAGAUAUAACAUAAAUUUGGGAGUGCAAGGACCGCUUUCGGACAACCAGUGGCAACUAGAUGUCGAGCAUUGGUUUAAAGGCGAAUUAGCGCUACUUCAGGCAUUGGUUGUUGAAUACGCCACCGGACCUAAAGAUCCGAGAAUACGGGAAUUUGUUAUACCACCGACGGAUUCUGCACACCAAUACGUUUGUAAAAACCAGAAAAUUCUUACUACAGCCUACACCAAUUUCAACACCUUCGGCCUGAGCUUGACGUUCGCACUCGGCGGAAUCAUCAUCAUCAUAUCCUACACCCUCGAGCCCUUCAUCAGCUACAUCCAGAAGCGCCGCUACGGCUUAGACAAGUACUCGCGGCUGGAAUGGUGUACAAACGAGACGUUGCAACUGCAGCGACUGGCACACGAGGAGCUCGGCGUAGGCACAUGGCACGGAGGUGCUGAUGCCGUGCCUCUAACCAAGCCCGGGGAGCAGCUCGGCAUGCUUGAUAUUACGGAUGUGGAGCAUCCAAGACUGAAGGCACCGCCGGCCACGAUGGAUGAGUUUUGCUAA